GGAGCUCUCUCUCCACAGACAGAGUGGCUGACGCGCGGCGGACACACACACACACCAGGACCUGACGGAACUGGGGAUUUUUAAUUCUUUCAUUCACUCACUUUUUCGCCCCCCUUCCUCCUCCUCCUCCUCCUCUUGUUGUUUUGGCGUGGGCUUUUGCUGCGUUAUGGAUCGAUGUGAUUCCCCAGUGAUGGAGCUGGGUGCCGGGAUCUGCAGCCAGGGAGCAAGGCAGUCAGGGGGGGCAGCAAGGCUCCAAGCACCUGUCUAGCAUUCCUGGUCUCCGUACCCCCCUCCGAGGGCUCUCACUCUGCUCUGCCUCCCGCUAACCAGGAGCCAUUUUGUUCCGUUGGUUAACAGAGGGCCACCUCACUUUUGAGGAAAGGGAAAACAGCAACAACAAAAGAUCUAUGUUUUUACCCCUCUCCAUGGAUGGGAGCUAUAAAUGAUUGCGACGAAUGAUCGCUAUUUGUGAUAUUCCGAGGAGGGAAGAAAGAUCACUUUCAAACUAAUGAGCGUCUCCCUGUGCUGUCGAUGGAAGCUGGGAGCCUUGCCAUGCUCCAGCCAGGGUAGGGUGGUCCGUCCUCCACUGCCGGCCUCUGUCUCCCCCCACCAUGCAGAAUAAUGAGCCCUCCACACCAUGAGUCCUCUGGGCCGGGUUACUCUGCAGCCUACCUGGAACGCAGCCCUGCUUGCCGUGCUCUCCCUCAUGCUGCCAGCUCUCGGUAUGUGCCAGGCCGCGGGCCCCGCUCGGGGCCCUGCCAGCCCCCAGAACUGCCCAGGUGUGUGCUCCUGCUCUAACCAGCUCGUCAAGGUGGUGUGUACCCGUCGAGGCUUGGUCAGGGUGCCCCCGAACAUCCCCAGCAACACCAGGUACCUCAACCUGAUGGAGAACAGUAUAGAGACGAUCCAGGCGGACACCUUCAGGCACCUUCACCACCUGGAGGUGCUCCAGCUGGGGAGGAACGCCAUCAGGCAGAUCGAGGUGGGGGCCUUCAAUGGCCUGACCAGCCUCAACACCCUGGAGUUGUUUGACAACAGACUGACGGUCAUUCCCAGCGGGGCGUUCGAGUACCUGUCCAAGUUGAGGGAGCUGUGGCUGAGGAACAACCCCAUCGAGAGCAUCCCCUCCUACGCCUUCAACCGAGUGCCCUCGUUGAUGCGCCUGGACCUGGGCGAGCUCAGGAGGCUGGACUUCAUCUCGGAGGGAGCCUUCGAAGGACUGCAUAACCUCAGGUACCUCAACCUGGGGAUGUGCAACUUGAGGGAGAUGCCCAUCCUCUCUCCCCUGGUGGGGCUGGAGGAGCUGGAGAUAUCUGAGAACCUCUUCCCGGAAGUGAAGCCCGGAGCCUUCCGCGGGCUCAAGUCCUUGCAGAAGCUGUGGAUAAUGAACUCCGCCAUCACCACCAUCGAGCGGAACGCCUUUGACGACAUCACCGCCCUGGUGGAGCUGAACCUCGCCCACAACAACCUGUCCUCGCUGCCCCAUGACCUCUUCAUGCCCCUGCAGUACCUGGUGGAGCUGCACCUGCACCACAACCCCUGGCGCUGUGACUGCGACGUGGUGUGGCUCUCCCUGUGGCUCAGGGAGAACAUCCCCACCAACUCCACCUGCUGCGGCCGCUGUCAUUCCCCCGCCCACAUGAGGGGGCGCUACCUGGUGGAGGUGGACCAGACCACCUUCCAGUGCUCGGCCCCCUUCAUCCUGGACGCUCCGAGGGACCUCAACAUCUCAGCCGAGAGAGUGGCGGAGCUCAAGUGCCGCACGGCCGCCAUGAGUUCCGUGCGCUGGCUGCUCCCCAACGGCACGGUGCUAACCCAUGGCUCGGCCCACCCCCGGAUAUCGGUCCUCAACGACGGCACGCUGAACUUCUCCAACGUUCUCCCGUCCGACACGGGGGUUUACACCUGCAUGGUGACCAACAUGGCGGGGAACUCCAACGCCUCGGCUUACCUGAACGUCAGCAACGCCGAGCUCAACACGUCCAACCUGUCCUACUUCACCACGGUGACCGUGGAGGUCCUGGAGCCCACCGUGGAGGAGACCCCCAAGCCCAAGCCCACCAUCCCCGCCUCGCCCUCCGUCUUUCAGCCCGUCUUCAUCUCCACGCCCACCGUGCUGCUCCAGAACACCCAGACCCCCCGGCAGGUGUCCGUGCCCACCGCCAAGGGUCCGGUGCGGCCCGCCGCCAGCCUGGACGAGGUGAUGAAGACCACCAAGAUCAUCAUCGGCUGCUUCGUGGCGGUGACUCUGCUGGCGGCCGCCAUGUUGAUAGGGUUCUACAAGCUGCGCAAGAGGCACCAGCAGAGGAGCACGGUGGCGGCAGCGCGGACCAUGGAGAUCAUUCCGGUGGACGAGGAGGUUCCACCGGUCCCGCCUCCCACCUCGGGCUCCAGCGGGUCGGACGACACGGGCUUGGUACUGCCGACGCUUGUGGAACACAACAGUGGCACCUUCAAGGCUGGGUACGUGUCGUCGUCAUCGUCUCGCAGAGCAGCCUACUGGACCCAGAACCACCUGGGCAGCUCCCUGCAUCGCUCCAUCCGACAGCACCACAGCCACAUCAGCACCAUCGCUGAGCCCUAUGUGAUUAAGACUACUCACACCAAGGAGAAGGUGCAGGAGACCCAGAUCUAAGGGAACUCUGUAUGGAUCUAACCCAGACUACGACCAGUCCUUCUCUUUGCUCACCAGUCCAUGCAAUAGGAUGCACGAAGAACAAAACGGUAACUUUCUUUUGUACA